AUCAUAUUUUGAACUAAAAUAAAAAUGGCGACCUCCAUGACGAAAUGUCAAAACUGUUCGAAAUUAGCAAAUCGGUGCUUUUACAGGCUUUUUUCAACGUCCAUAUCGCAAAAUGCUUAUGCGAAUCAUACAAAAGAAUCAGAAAAGAAAACACAUUUUGGUUUCGAAACAGUGACAGAGGCCGAAAAGGAAGAGAAGGUUUACAAAGUGUUCAGAAAUGUGGCUGACAAGUAUGACCUGAUGAAUGACGCAAUGAGUGGGGGUAUUCACAGGCUAUGGAAAGACCAUUUUAUUCGUAGAAUGUCGCCCAGACCUGGAACGAAACUCCUCGAUGUUGCAGGUGGUACAGGUGAUAUUGCCUUCAGAUUUCUCAACUAUGUGAGGUCACAGUCAGAUUUCAACUCGCUCACAGCAUUGCAAACAAGCACAGAGCAAGGUGUUGAUAUCAAUGAGGAUGAGAAUAGCCAAGUGUCUGGAAGGUCACGUGACUGCCAUGUGACUGUGUGCGACAUCAACCAGUCCAUGUUGGAAGUAGGAAUGAACAGGGCAACACAGUCUGGGAUUACAUCAGGAAUAUCGUGGUUGAAAGGAAAUGCAGAAUGUUUGCCGAUUGAGGACAACAGUUUUGAUGUGUACACAAUUGCUUUUGGAAUUCGAAAUUGUACACACAUAGAUAAGGUGGUGGAGGAGGCCUACCGGGUGUUGAGACCAGGUGGACGUUUCAUGUGCCUAGAGUUCAGUCAUGUGUCAAACCCACUUUUGCGCAGUGUUUAUGAUGAGUAUUCGUUCCAAGUUAUACCUGUCCUGGGACAGAUCCUGGCUGCAGACUGGGACUCUUAUCAGUAUCUUGUUGAAAGCAUCCGGCAGUUUCAAAACCAGGAAGACUUCAAAAGGAUCAUUCGGACAUGUGGUUUUAGAGCAGUCACUUAUGAAAACCUGACCUUCGGUGUUGUAGCAAUACAUUCUGGAUUUAAGUUAUAACAUACAACGGAUAUUAAAGCAUUUUUGAACACAUUUUAUCUUUAUGGUGCGAUUUGUGAUCCUCUAACACUGUUUAUUGAAUUAAAUAUAUGAUUUAA